AUGCCGCGGGAGAUCAAGACUCUGAAGGAAUUCCUCGCCAUCUGCUCUCGCAAGGAUGCACGGUGCGUGAAGGUGAAGCGCAACCCGAGCGCCACCAAGUUCAAGGUCCGGUGCAGUCGCUACCUCUACACACUCGUCGUGAACGACAAGAAGAAGGCCGACAAGAUCGAGCGCUCCAUCCACCCCUCCGUGAAGAAGAUCGCCGUGACGGCCCGCUCGCACGCCAAGACGAACGCCGGCACCAAGCAGUAA